AUGACUGAAUGGACCCCAAGUUCGUGGACACGAAAGCCUAUCAAGCAAGAUGUCAUUUAUGAAGAUCGCCAGGGGUUGAAAGACUCCCUCUUGAAGCUGCAGAAACUACCGCCUCUUGUAACAACUCGAGAAAUCAUUCAUCUCAAGGAGAAUUUGCGAAAUGUUGCUCUGGGCAAGGCUUUCGUUUUACAAGGUGGUGAUUGUGCGGAGCUGUUCGACUAUUGUAAUCAAGACAUGAUUGAAGCCAAGGUCAAGCUACUGUUACAAAUGAGCUUGGUGUUGAUUUGGGGUGCCAAUAAACCCGUCAUUCGUAUUGCCCGCAUUGCAGGUCAAUUUGCCAAGCCACGCUCAAGCUCAACAGAAAUAGUCAAUGGCGUGGAAAUGCCCUCUUUCCGCGGCGACAACAUCAAUGGCUUUGACGCUGACCCCCAAUCUCGCCAACCAGACCCAUCUCGUCUGGUCUCAGCAUACUUCCACUCGGCAGCAACAUUGAACUACCUGCGUGCCUCCCUUUCAUCCGGACUAGCAGACCUGCACUCUCCCUUGGACUGGGGCUUGGGACACGUAAUUACACCCUCAAUCAAAGAGAAAUACGAGCACACGGUAAGCGCAGUCAAAGAUGCCCUGCGCUUCAUGCGGACAGUAGGAAUCGACAAAGAUCGCGGUGUGGAAACAGCAGAUAUCUUCACCAGCCACGAAGGCCUCUCACUCGAAUACGAGCAAAGCCUCACUCGACUCCUCCGACACCCGCCCUCCAUAACCUCAGCUAACCCAACCGCCCCCGACUCCGGCUACUACGCAACAUCCAGCCAUUUCCUCUGGAUCGGCGAUAGAACACGCCAACUAGAGGGCGCACACGUCGAGUUCUUCCGCGGCAUUGCCAACCCCGUCGGAAUCAAGAUCGGGCCUAGUAUGACCUCCGAUGAGCUAGUGAACUUGCUGAAUGUCGUCAACCCCGAGCGCGAGAUCGGCAAGGUGACUUUGAUCUCACGAUAUGGUGCUUCGAAGAUCGCAAACUUCUUGCCGGGUCAUAUUGCCGCGGUGCAGGCUUCUGGUCAUAUUCCUGUCUGGCAGUGUGACCCCAUGCACGGCAAUACGCAGAGUACGCCGUCAGGGGUGAAGACACGUCAUUUCACGGAUAUCUUGUCUGAGUUGCGACAGGCGCUGGAGAUUCAUCGGGCUGCUGGCUCGUUCUUGGGUGGUAUGCAUCUUGAGUUGACUGGCGAGGCUGUUACCGAGUGUGUGGGUGGUGCAGCCGGGUUGACUGAGGAUGACCUUGGAGAGCGAUAUACUACUUUCUGUGAUCCACGGUUGAAUGAGAAGCAAGCUUUGGAGCUUGCUUUCUUGGUUGCUGGAUUCUAUCGCGAAGAGUCUGAGUAUUGA